AAGCCCCGCCUCUUUUCUCUCCUCGGCGAGGACGUCGCUCUCCUUCUUCAUCCAGGGCAGAGGGAAAACCCAACGGAAAAAGCAGAGCAAGCUGCAGGAGCUUUUGUGGGAGUAAAGCGGUUGUUUUAUCGGAAUAAAACCGGGCGUUUGUGGACAGGAAAGUGCAGUAUUUGCCGGUGCUGCGUUCACGGUAAAUCAGCGACUGCAGAGGGUGAGAAUGUUUUCCUGAGUCCUCCCCCACUCUGAAACUUUCUUCCUCUCGUGGCCCUCGCCUUCACCACUGCCUUCAGCAUGAACCACACUCCCAGCCCCCACCUGUCUGAAGGUGGUAAGUCGAGCGGAGGCGGACUGCUGUGCAGCCUGGGUCUGGGGCCUGACAGGGGGAUCCGCUCUCCAGACAGCCUAGCUCACACCCCCAGCCCCACCGGAGGGACCCCCAGCUCCAGUCCUCCCCUGCUGCUGUCGCCUGGACUUGGAGGCCUGGGUUUGGGAUCUCUGGGAGCCCUGGGUGAAGGAGCAGGAGCCGACUGGGAGAGCAGGGAGGAGCUGCGGCUCAGGGAGCUGGAGGAGGCUCGAGCCAGAGCGGCCCAGAUGGAGAAGACCAUGAGAUGGUGGUCGGACUGUACUGCCAACUGGAGGGAGAAGUGGAGCAAGGUUCGCGCUGAGCGCAACCGAGCGCGUGACGAGGUCCGUCAGCUGAGGCAGCGACUGGACACCCUGACCAAGGAGCUGACCAAUGUUCGGAGGGAGCGCCAGGAACUGGCCUCAGAGAACGAGACGCUACGUCAGCAGUCGGCGCGUCUGCGCGGUGACCACGCGUCCCCUUCGUUCUCCCCCUCCCACCACUGUGGAGCUACGACCCCCUCGCCGUCCAUUCCUCCGUCUUCCCCCGCGUCGUCUUCCUCUUCCUCUCAAGUUCACAAUGACAGCCGGGCAGACAGGGCGGGGGAGGGAACACCAGGAUCUCCAGAACCAGAACCUGUACGGGAUGUGGACCUGGACAGAGAAAAGUCAAGUCAGCAAGAGGACAUGGAGCUGCUGGAGUCCGUCCUUCGCACCAAGGUGCCCGGGGCCGAUGGUCAGGACACCUGGGAGAGUCGUGGCGGCGGCGGCGGCGGAGUCAACGCGUCCAGCUCGCGGUCAUCGUGCAGCCUGAGCCGUCAGGAGCGCAGCAGGCAGCUGUGGGAGGACGUGAGCACAGCCGAGGAAGACUCCAGCAGACUCAACGCCCUGCAGCUCCGCCUGGACGAGGCCCAGCAAGGCCUGCUGAAGGAGAAGGAGAGAGAAGACAAACUGGCUCUGAGUAAAAGCAUCGAGAGGCUGGAGGCUGAGCUCAGUCAGUGGAAACAUAAAUACGAGGAGCUGAGCAAGAGCAAGCAGGAGGCGCUCAAACAGCUCAACCUGCUGAAGGAAAUGCACCAGGAUGAACUGGGUCGUAUAUCUGAGGACCUGGAGGACGAGCUGGGAGCACGGACCAGUAUGGACAAGAAACUGGCGGAGCUGCGAGCUGAGAUGGAGAGGCUGCAGGUGGAGAACGCUGCAGAGUGGGGGCGCCGUGAGCGCUUGGAGACAGAGAAACUGGCUUUGGAGAGGGACAACAAAAAACUGCGAGCUCAGGUGGAAGACCUGGAGGAGCAGCUGGCCAAGAAGCGUCGGCAGGCCGCAUCUGCUCUGGACACAGACCUGAAGGCCAUUCAGAGCGAGCUGUUUGAGAGGAACAAGGAGCUGGGCGACCUCCGCCACAUUCACGCCAAACUGAAGAAGCAGUAUCAGGAGAAGACGGCCGAGCUGGCCCACGCCAACCGCAGGGUGGAGAGUCACGAGACGGAAGUCAAGAAGCUACGACUCAGGGUGGAGGAGCUGAAGAAAGAGCUGGGACAAGCUGAGGACGAGUUGGACGAGUCUCACAACCAGACCAGGAAGCUGCAGAGGUCUCUGGAUGAACAGGUGGAGCAGACGGAGAACCUGCAGGUACAGCUGGAACACUUACAGUCAAGAUUACGGCGGCAGCAGCAGAAUCCCGGUUUGUUCGGGAAGAUGAGAUCCGCUCGCUUCGGUUCCGAAAACCCUGACAACCUCGCUAGCGAUGCUGAUGAGGAGGAAGAGGAAGAACUGCAGCUUCAGAUCCCAUGAUACACACAAAAAAACACGCAGUUUAUUUGAAAAAAAAAACAGUUUAGUGUUUCCCCCCCCAAAAAAACCCAUCUUUAAUGGACCCCCAAGUCUUUGCAAUCAUCUUCCAAUGUUUUUAUGUUUCUCAGUGUUAACCACCAGGCAGUUAGAAAAGUCCAGAGUUGGUGGAAUUGCCUGUUAAACCAAGUGAUGGUGUUAAAGAGUCAGUUCCAAAAAAAAAAAAAAGACAAAAUAAUUAGUUCUCAGAGUUCCAAGAAACACACACACACACACACAAACAAACAAGUGUUUCAGAUAAGAGACUUGUAAAAACAUCCCAAGUCCUCCUCUGGGUCGGGAUGGGCAGGGAUGAUGUUUUAUGUUUAUGUUUAUACUUAGUCAUUUUUUUUUACAAUGUUGUAAUUUUCUUCGAAAGAAAAAAAAAAACAAAUCUCAGUGAGUUUCACUCAUUCCUCCUGGAUGGUCUUCACUCAGACUGUUCUGGAAUAAUGAAACAUUUUAGUACAAACUAAUAAAACUCCCGUUGACUGUCGAGUAUCGAGCCAACCGCAGUAUUUCCUACUCCACGCAGUAGGUGUUAAAGGGAUAGUUCAUGUUUUUUACCUGUAGGGGCAUGAAUGACCAGGCCGCAGAGGUUGAUCUUCCUGUGUCUACGAUCAUAAAACAAGACAAAACAAACAGGUUUUAACACGUUAUAAGACGGUGACCUAGCAGAGCGAUCCCCGAACGUUUUUGGACCAGUCAUUUAAAGAUGAUUGAGGAUCCUAAAAUUUUUCAAAAUAAAACAUCUUUUCGACUUCAUGCUGUUUGUAUCAGAGUCUGAAAGAAGAUUUUCUGAUUAUCUUUAAAUGAAGAAGGUGAAUGAAAAAUCUCGACCCGUUACAAAAUGACCCACAGCCAAGUACUGGUCCGUGGACCACGGGUUGGGAACCCCUGACCUCGAGAACACGUCCGCUGCUUCAUCUCAGUGUUAUGAAAAUAUGGUUUGAACAAAGACAGUGCCGCGCCUCGUGAUCAUGAACCGCCAACAUCCCUCUGUGACCACGCUCCAGUGGUGGAACAUUAAUUGGUUCUCCACCUCCCUGCUCUCCUGUCGUCUCCAGCUCUGCAGCUGGAUCCUCCGAGGACUGAGAAGGUUUUUUUUUUUUUUUUUACCUUUCCAGAUUCUGAACUAUUUAAGUUGUCGUUUGUAUGGUUUAGUUUUUAUAAAUGAUCUGUGGCUUUUGUAUUAGCUCUAUAAAUGUCAUCAGUGUACAUACAAAGA